UCAAUUCAUGUGAUGUUUCUGACGAAGUCUCCCAAAGUCCAAAGUACAAUUGAAGUACAAGGCUCAUAACUAGUCUCUACCCCCUUCCCCCUCCCUCCCCAUCAAGCGUCAACACAAGGCUGAAGCGGCCAUCUCCGAUUUGCGAGGCAAGCUUUCUUCACUACUGGGUAGGCGUUUCUUUCUCUACAAUCAAUUUUAUCAAUACAAAAUAAUUAUCGUUGAAUUGUUAUUGCUUCAUUCUUCAACAAUACUCCACACAUUUCCCUUAUUUAAGAUCCUUCAAACUCAAGUAGAGAUUCGUGUCACCCUCCAUCUACCGUUCUCACUCAUUCACACCAUUUACAGUCGAUGCCCCGCAACCCCACCUCUGAACAUUUCAACGAACGUCUACAAGCCAUAUCCUCACAAAUUACCCCUCAAUCAACAUCUACUUUGCACAUAACAAAAAUGGCAGAAAGGGAUCCAAUUACAUGUCAUGCUCUCGACACUACUACUGGUCGACCUGCUUGGGGAAUCAAUGUCUCUUUGAUCUGCCUUUCCGAAGAGUCUACCAUCUUUCGUGCGAUAACAAAUGCCGACGGUCGAAUCGCUAAUUGGAGUAACGAACAAGAGAAUGUCACAUCCAAGAAAGUCGGCGAGUUGAUUGUUGAAGGGGGGAAAAUAAAGAAUCAGAAUCUGCCAAUGGGUUCUAGCAUGUGGAAACUUCGAUUCGAGACCGGCGCAUAUUAUGGUUACGAAAACACUUUCUUCCCUUGCGUUGAACUCAACUUCGUAGUUAAGGAAGGAGAACAUUUCCACGUUCCGCUACUUUUGGGACCAUACAGUUAUACAACUUAUCGGGGAAGCUAG